UGUAUGUCGGCGCAUGGACGCUCAAUUCGAGUGAUGAUAGUGUUAUGAUAUGAUGAUGACUAUGAAUAUAGAGAGGUUUGUCAGUAAGGGUAAAGGAAAUGGUUUGCGUGCUCUGCGCGAAAUCAAAGCCGGUGAGGCGAUUCAUUCAUGCGAGCCGUAUUCAUUCUGCAUCGCCAAGGAUUUCUUGAAAACUGCCUGCCAUAGUUGUCUCAAGAGAGGUGAAAGUCUGUCGAGAUGUUCUCAAUGUAAGACGGCCCGGUACUGCAGUGUUCAGUGUCAGAAGCAAGCAUGGCCCGAUCACAAGAGGGAAUGCAAAUGCCUCAAGCGUCUCCAGCCAAGGAUCCCCACUGACUCCGUCCGCCUGCUUACGAGGAUCAUCUUCAAACUGCUCAGCCAAUCAGAAAGUGACCAAGAGGAGCUAUACUCGAUAGCUGAACACCAGUCACAUCUAGCAGACAUGAGCGAGGAGAAGAAAGAGGGCCUGGGGCACCUCUGCACGACGCUGCAGGUUUAUCUUGGUGAGGAGAACGGCGAUCUGUCUCAGCUUCCGCCUGGCCUCGACCCCAUCAGCCUCCUCGCCAGAGUGACCUGCAACUGCUUCAGCAUCAGUGAUGGAGAGCUGCAGGACGUGGGGGUGGGACUUUACCUCAGCAUGUCUCUGCUGAACCACGACUGCCAGCCCAACUGUGUCAUGAUCUCUGAGGGCAAGCGACUCACGCUGCGAGCUGUUCGGCUCAUCAGACCCUGUGAGGAGCUCACUAUAAGCUACACUGAUAUCCUUGCGACCAGCAAAGAGAGACGUUCCCAUUUACAGGAGCAAUACCACUUCCUGUGUCAGUGCACGCGCUGUACCACGGAGGACAAGGACUGUGACAUGCUGGCUGGUGAGAAGACGGCGUGGACGUCCUUAAGAGACGCCAUCCCUCACCUGGAGCAGCUUCAGUCGGAGCAGCGCUGGGAGGAGCUGCUGAAAGAGAGCCAGGCUCUUUUGCACAGAUAUACAGAUGUCGUCCCGGACAGGAACAUCUAUGUGCUCAGGCUGCUGGAUCUGUCCAUGGAUGCUUGCAUUAGUCUGGACGACUAUAAGACGGCGCUAGAGUACGGCAAUAGAGCUCUGGAAACUUACAAACUGUACUACAGUGAUCCUCAUCCGUCCAGAGCGGUGGAGCUGCUGCGGGUGGGGAAGCUGCAGCACUACAUGGGCAGACUGGAGGAGGCUCAGGGGAGCUUCACACAGGCGUAUGACAUCAUGAAGGUGACCCACGGGACGGAUCACGUCCUGACUAAUGAGAGACCGAGUACUGCGGUCCCGCCAUGGCCCCAUACUCCUCUCCUCCGAUUCUUUGACAUGUUGGCUGUCAAUCAACACGCCGCUAUAUUUGCUCUCAAAUGGAAUGUUUCUGGAUGGUUGUGUCUGCCACCUGCUUUUGUGCCACUGUGUAUCAAACCAGCUGGUUUAGAAUUCAACUGAAAAAAAUGCCAGAGGGAAAAAUCUACAUCUUCGCUGUGCUUUUUCAGUCCAUUUCGGAAUUUUUUUCACUUACCAACAAUGAUUUUUUUAUCCAUUAGCACCCUUAAAGCAUAGACCCUUAAUAAAAAUGACUAUACAUGACUUUAGUGUGAUUCUGACUAUCACAUAAUCAACUGUUGUGAAAAGCAACACCUUUUCAGCAAUAGCUUUUGUGCUUCAUAAAACCGCUCCAAACACACACCUCAGAUUUGUGCUUCAGUUUCUCAUCAUUAACUUCAAUCAUCAGAGUUACUCUGGCAAGACAGUUCCAGUCGCUCUGAUUUCAUAAACAUAUUUCAGCAGCUGCUUUAUGUUUUUAUGCUCGUCUUUUACCAUCUGGAUUGUGUUAUUGCAGUAAGCACUUGAUUUGUAAUGUGGGUCAAUCCUUCGUUUCAGUAAAUAUUCCCAUGUUGAAUCAAAUAUUGAAACAGUUUUUAAAGAUGAAAAUCAUAUUAGUAAGUUUUCACAACAGUUACGUGAACGAAAGGGAUCAUUUAAAUAAUUUCAAUACUCUGGUUUGAACAGAUGUCGCCAUGCUAACACGAAACACUGGCAUUUUAUUAAGAAAUUGUCCAGGUGUUUCACUAAUCAGAAUGUUUUCUUAUGAAUAUUGUUUUAAUUGGUA